AUGGGGAUCUUAUGGGACAACCUCAAGCUGCACCGGGAUCUCAUCCAGCCGUUCUACAUCCUGUGGAACACGCAGAGGCUUAAUUGUGCUCUGUUGUUAGACAGUGUGGGCUACCCGUUGUGUCGCCCUGUGAGCGAGGCGGAGCGUCCGUUUGGGGAGGAGCUACUCCACAGCGUGGUCAAGAGCAUCCAGAGGAACGAUGUUUCUCGACCAAUGGGACAGCUCCUACAGCUGCUCGGGCAGAGCCUGGGGGUCAAGAGGCAAAGGAGUCUGUACAGAGACAUCCUCUUCCUGUGUCUGGUGGCUCUGGGAAAGGACAACAUUGACAUCGACGCUUUUGACCGCGAAUACAAGAUGGCGUACGACCACCUCAGCCCCAACCUGGUGAAGCUGACGCACAACUGCGACCGUCCGCCCAGCGCUGGGGUCAUGGAGUGUCGCAAGACCUUCGGAGAACCCUACCUCUGACCUCGGACCCCUUUACCCCUGACGUUUCACCUCCGACAGACACUCCACCCGGCCAGUCACCUCCGUCACCCGGCCAGUCACCUCCGUCACUCGGCCAGACACCUCCUCCACCCGGCCAGACACCUCCUCCACCCGGCCAGCCAGUCACCUCCGUCACUCGGCCAGCCAGUCACCUCCGUCACUCGGCCAGCCAGUCACCUCCGUCACUCGGCCAGUCACCUCCUCCACCCGGCCAGCCAGUCAUCUCCGUCACUCGGCCAGUCACCUCCUCCACCCGGCCACCCAGGCCACUCCGUCACUCGGCCAGCCAGUCACCUCCGUCACUCAGCCAGUCACCUCCGUCACUCGGCCAGUCACCUCCUCCACCCGGCCAGCCAGUCACCUCCGUCACUCGGCAUAGCACAGCCGUGGGUAGCCCACAUGGGUAGGGUUGAAGAGAUCUUUUGCGUCCAUGAAAAGCACAUGUAUAAAAUCCAUGUAUUACAACGGUGGCUCUCCCAAAGAGGACUGAGGAGCUUUAAAGACGAGCUCAGGAAUCCACUUUAGAAAGACGUACAGAAUGCGUGACGAUGAGCUUGUUGACACUGUGAUGUUUGGGGUCAUGUCCGUCACCUGUGAGAGAUGUGACGGGGCUGACCAGAGACUGACGGAGCUGACCAGAGGCUAGUGGAGCUGACCAGAGACUAGUGGAGCUGACCAGAGACUAGCGGAGCUGACCAGAGACUAACAGAGCUGACCAGAGACUAGUGGAGCUGACCAGAGACUAACAGGGCUGACCAGAGACUAACGGAGCUGACCAGAGACUGACGGAGCUGAUCAGAGACUAGCGGAGCUGACCAGAGACUAGCGGAGCUGACCAGAGACUAGCGGAGCUGACCAGAGACUAACGGAGCUGACCAGAGACUAACGGAGCUGACCAGAGACUAACGGAGCUGACCAGAGACUAACAGAGCCGACCAGA